UCGUCGCGCAGAAUAGACGCACAUUGCACAUCGUCUCCGUACGGGUGUGAACUUCCUAAGAAUAACGAGAAGCGUUCUCUCCCAACAACGGCGAAGCAAGUUCUUUAAUUGCGGUAGAUGUGUGUAAAGUAGAGUGAAGAAACGGGCCUCAGCACGAGCAAAGUACCAUUUUGAUGCGAAGAGAAAAAGCGCAGCAGCAGAUACCAAGAAACGACGAAUGGUGUGUGGUGGCGUAGAAGGCGAAGAAUAACAUGAAAAUUAUAACAACCUCUUGCUCCAACGGAGUCGUGUGAAAUGAACUGAAUAAUAAAGGCUGAAGAGAGCAGAAAAAUAUUAAUGUCUCGAAUGAAGAGCAACCGAAGAAAAAAAAAGCAGUGAAUAAUAUUGGAGAAAAAUGAAAUAACAGUGCAGCGAUAGUUCGGUGAAAUAUUUGAAAAUCGUGCUCAAUUUUAUUGGCCAAGAUUUUUGUGUUCCGUCAUUUUGGUUCAUUCGGUUCCGUUUCCGUGUUCUGUUGCUUCCAGAAGGCUGAUUUUGGAAGAGAAGAAAAAAUCGAUAACACAACAACUGGAGCACGGCAGCAGCAGUGGCAUCAACGGAUCCCGUGUAAAUGUGACGAGGAAGAGAAGCAAAGUUCAAAAUGUUUAAUUUAUGAUAUUGAAGAAACGUAGUUCUAGAGAGCAUAACGCGUAAGAAGAUCCCUUAGAAGAAUAGUGGAAGAGUCUCCAGUAGUUAAUCCUCGAAAGUGGAAAAAUGGAAUGCCACAGGACUUUGGCAGUGGUGUACUCACUGCUGUUGGCGUUCUCGGCAACGUUUGGCUCACAGUGCAACUGGGAAUAUGAAAAGUCCAGCGUGACAUGCCGACUCCGGACACUCGAGCGCACUGGCCUGGACCUGCAAGGAGCCGAAGGCACCUCUCGGCUCGAUAUUCAGUGUAGUGAGCUAAUUCUGUUCGAAAGUCAAUUAUCGCAAAAUGCAUUUUUGCGGCUGUCGAGCCUAGGUGAACUGAAAAUUGAAUCGUGCAAGUUGCUACAGCUUCCGGAAGGCGCCUUCGAAGGGCUGUUGGCUCUGAAGAAACUAAGUGUCAAUACCAGAAACUAUGAGUGGGGUGCCGGUAAAGUGUUGGAGCUUCAAGCCUCCUCGAUGAAAGGACUGAAAGAACUACAAACUCUGGACUUGAGUGAUAACAAUGUCCGUGCCCUACCGGACGGUUUCUUGUGCCCGCUUACCAAUUUGAAAGUGCUUAAUUUGACGAACAAUCGAAUUCGUUCGACCGAGAGUCUAGGACUGGCGGGAAAAACCUGCGGUGGUGGAUCGGAGAUUCAAACACUGAACCUGAGCUACAAUGAAAUUAUGCGGAUCCCGGAAAACUGGGGCGUGUCCCGAUUACGACGGUUGCAGCACCUCAACUUGGAGUACAACAACAUUUCCGAACUGCAUGGCGAAGCACUGGCGGGAUUAAGCUCCUUGAGGACGCUCAAUUUAAGUUACAAUCAUUUGGAAACCCUACCAGCUGGUCUGCUAGCAGGUUCCCGUGAACUGCGAGAAAUCCACCUACAAGGCAAUCAACUUUACGAGCUUCCUCGGGGGUUGUUUCAUCGUUUGGAACAGUUGUUGGUUCUGGACCUAUCCCGGAACCAACUUUCCUCGCACCAUGUCGAUAAUGGUACGUUCUCCGGAUUAAUUCGCCUGGUGGUUCUGAACCUUGCUCAUAAUGCACUCACUCGCAUCGAUUCCAAAACGUUUAAAGAGCUGUAUUUCCUGCAGAUCUUGGAUCUUCGCAACAACUCGAUCGGCUAUAUCGAGGACAAUGCUUUCCUGCCAUUGUACAAUUUACACACGCUCAAUCUGGCCGAAAAUCGGCUGCACACGCUCGACGAUCGGCUUUUUAAUGGACUAUAUGUGCUUUCAAAGUUAACCCUGAACAAUAAUCUCAUCAGCAUAGUGGAGCGUAAUGUAUUUAAGAAUUGCUCCGAUCUAAAAGAGUUGGAUCUAAGCUCGAACCAGCUUACAGAAGUGCCACACGCUAUUCGCGAUUUAUCCGUUCUGCGUGCACUGGAUUUGGGCGAAAAUCAAAUUAACUAUAUUGAAAAUGGAACAUUCACCAACUUGAACCAACUAACUGGACUUCGCAUGAUCGAUAAUCAGAUUGAAAAUAUUACCAUUGGCAUGUUCACGGAUUUGCCCCGGCUCAGUGUGCUGAAUCUGGCGAAAAACCGUGUACAGAACAUUGAGCGUGGUUCGUUCGAUAAAAAUCUGGACAUUGAAGCGAUACGGUUGGAUGGAAAUUUCCUGACCGAUAUAAACGGCAUUUUCGCUACGCUUUCGUCGUUGCUGUGGUUAAACCUGGCGGAAAAUCACCUGGUGUGGUUUGAUUAUGCAUUUAUCCCGAGCAAUCUCAAGUGGUUGGACAUCCAUGGUAAUUAUAUCGAGUCGCUGGGUAAUUACUAUAAGCUCCAGGAAGAAAUCAAAGUGAAAACACUGGACGCAAGCCACAACCGACUGACCGAUAUUGGCCCGAUGAACGUACCCAACAGCGUCGAGCUGCUAUUUGUCAAUGAUAACCACAUUAGCACCAUCCACGCGAACACCUUCAUCGAUAAAAUUAAUUUGGCGCGCGUUGAUCUGUACGCUAAUUCGCUGAAAAAGCUGCAGCUGCAUCAGCUGCGCGUCGCACCGCAACCGAUCGAUAAACCACUGCCGGAAUUCUAUCUCGGGGGAAACCCAUUCGAGUGCGAUUGCUCCAUGGAGUGGAUGCAGCGGGUAAACAAUUUGACAGCUCGUCAGCAUCCAAAAAUCAUGGACCUACCGAAUGUGGAGUGCAUCAUGCCCCAUGCCCGCGGAUCUCCGAUUAGGCCGAUCGUUUCACUUAAGCCGAAAGACUUCCUGUGUAAAUACGAAACCCACUGUUUCGCCCUGUGCCAUUGCUGUGAUUUCGACGCGUGUGACUGUGAGAUGACCUGUCCAAGCAAUUGUACGUGCUAUCAUGAUCAAACCUGGGGAACGAACGUGGUCGAUUGUGGUAACCAGCGAGCAACACUUUCCAAACCGGUUCCGAUGGACGCUACCGAAGUGUAUAUGGACGGUAACGACUAUCCGGAGCUGCAAAACCAUGCCUUUAUCGGACGCAAGAAUCUGAAAGUGCUGUUUGCCAAUGCGAGCAAGAUUAUCACUAUUCAAAAUCGUACAUUCGCUGGCCUCACUGCGCUGCAGGUGCUCCAUCUGGAAGAUAACGCAAUCCAAAAGAUUCACGGUUAUGAGUUUGAAAAUCUCGGUCUACUGAAGGAGCUCUAUCUGCAGAAUAACAUGAUCUCAGUGAUCUCCAACAACUCAUUCGCACCGUUGUACUCACUGCAGGUGCUGCGUAUCGAUGGCAACCGGUUAACCACGAUUCCGAUGGCACAGCUUCAGGCAUCACAGCUGCAAAGUUUGCAGGCCCUCUCGCUCGGACGUAAUUACUGGAGUUGCCGGUGCCGGUUCAUGCAAGAACUCACCUCGUUUGUCGCCGACAAUGCCGUAAUUAUCCAAGAUAUGCAGGACAUCUAUUGCGUGGACGAUGGAAUCCAUCGUGAUCUGGAUUUUAACGUGACGGCCACUUGCAGUGAUUACUAUGCUGGAAGCUCGGUCCUACCGGAUCGAUUAUCGGAGACGUACAUUUUCCUACUGGCUGCGGCGCUAAUCAUUGCCUGUUUGUUGGUGUUUGUGUUGAUAAUGUUUAUUUUUCGCGAACCGUUAAGAUUCUGGCUGUUCUCACGGUAUGGAGUGCGAGUGUUUGGUCCGCGAUGUGAAGAUUCGGAGAAACUUUACGAUGCCAUAUUUAUCUAUUCUGCCAAGGAUGCCGAAUACGUUGCUAGGAACAUUGCAGCUGAGUUGGAAAAUGGGCGACCUCCGUUAAGACUAUGCUUGCAGCAUCGAGAUCUAUCGGAGGACGCAUCGCACUUGCAACUUUUGGAAGCGUCGCGUGCGUCACGUAGGAUAGUAAUGCUACUGUCUCGUAAUUUCCUGCAAACCGAGUGGAGUCGGUGUGAGUUGCGACGGGCGGUUCAUGAUGCACUGAGAGGAAGACCUCACAAACUUGUGGUGCUCGAAGAAGUUGGCGUGAUUCUGGAAGCGGAAAACGACGUCGAACUAGUUCCUUACCUUAAAACUACCACUGUAAAUAGAAUAAAACGAAGUGAUCGGCAUUUUUGGGAAAAGCUUCGGUAUGCCCUUCCGGUGGAUGAGCCAUACCGGGGCAACAAUUACACCAUCGAUCAUCACGAGCGGGUGAAGCAAACUGCCAGUGCUGGAGUUAUGUUCCGGCAAGCACCGCCAGCCUACUGUCCGGAAAUCGACGAAGCCAACUACUCGUCGGCGACAACGGCAACACCUAGUCCACGGCCAUCGCGCCGAGGUAUGGUGGAGCUCCCACAGCGGCCACCAAGUGAACAUAUCUACUCCAGCAUCGAUUCCGAUUACAGCACGCUGGAGUGCGAAAACAUGGUUCCUGGAGUGCACCGGCCAGCGACGUGGCGACCCGGUGGUGCAGGCGCAAAUAGCAUGGGUGUCAUAUCCGGGCAAAAUACCGUCCCCCAUGGGCAUCACGUGCAGGCGUAUCUCGUCUAGGGGCGGCUCAAAUCGUCUCAUAAGAUGACGACAAGAGCUCGAAAAAGAAAUAGUCAAGUGAUGUAAUAGUGUGUGAGUGUACAUAUAUUCGUAGUUGUACUAUACUAGAGCGCUAUGAUGAAAUGAAUUUAAACGCUGCAGCUGUCAGCAAGAGAAUAACAAAGUGCUAAAUUAUGUAAAAAGUUGAAACUCGGAGUAUUAAAAAAAAUGCGUUGUUAGCCGAAGGAGAAACAAAACAAGUGAAGACGAGAAGAGAAAUAUUUGUGAUAUCGUAUUUUAUAAGUUUUAAAGCUAAUGCAGACAAAUGACAACAAAAUACAUAUAGUUGGAGAGAUAUGCUGAAUACUAUGUACGGAAAAUGCUACAAAAAUACUACUACAACUACUAACUACUAUCGCAGCAACACAUCCACAAACACUCACACAUUCAAACGCAAACAAACAAUACAAAAGAAAAAUAAUACUAGCCAUAAUAGUGUUUACUGCUACGAAAGGUAACGAAAGCAUAUUCCUUUUUUUAUUACAGUUUCAGAAAGUGCAAACGGAAAAAGAUUACAAAAAAAAACAUCACAAUAGAGAGAUUUGAAUCAAAAAUAAUAGUUUUGCGAACAAUUUUCUUUACCCUAUUUAGUUUCUGUUUUUUGUCUCAAACGCAUAGAGUGGUAGUCGUUUGGUCCGUAUGGUUUUCGUUCCAUUUUAAAUGAUUAUUUAAAUUAUUUAUUGCUAUUUAAUUGACGGACUCACAUUUUUCGUUUUGUGAACAAUAAAUGAAGUGUAAUAAGGAACAUAACUGUUGGUUCUAGUGUUUAGAGCUUUUUGCUAAUACGCAAAGAGGGAAAGCGUGCCGCAGACAAGAAAGGGACUGAUACGAGCGAAUAUUAAUGUUAAAUAUUGAAAGAGCAAACAAACGCCGAUGUAAAGUAGAGGAGAAGCAAAGAGGUUUUUCUUUUCUGUAAAUAUUGAUGCCCCUAGGGGACUGAAUGCCUACAAAUCCAAGCGAUGGCAGACAAAACUAUGUAAAAAGUAUUAACGUUAAGGCGAAGCUAGGGAGGUGAAGACGGCAGACGGAAAAGCUAAAACAAAACUUAUCAUAAAACAAAUGAAGCAGAUUAUUAGUAAGAAAAUAAUAAAAACAGAGCAAAUCGUGUGACCAGACUGACUAAUUAAAAUGUUACACUUUACCUGUGUAUAGAAAGGGAAAAUCAGAUUAUAAAUGACAAAAAAAAACAAAGAACACAACACAUGAAAUUAAAGCUUCUUUUCUGUGAGUCAAAAGCAAGAGCUACACAAAAACGUAUAUAGAAAAUCGAACAAAAAAAAUGAAUAAAACGAAAAAAUUAAUUAAUCAAUAUAAAA